AUGACCAACCUACUUCGUCAAGAUAUCCUCGCCAAAGCCCCAAUCCCCCAAGAUGAAAGCCCUCUUUAUGCCAAACUCCCUGGAGAAGUCAGAGACAGCAUCUUCUCUUAUGUCCUCACGGAUCAUCCGGACCCAACACCGGACAAAAGAUUCAAGGAAAACACAUGCUACACUCGCCCUUCCUAUCUAGCAGCUCAAUCUACCGAUACCAGACUUCUUCGUACAUGUCGCGCUAUCUAUCGCGAAACUUGGUUCAAGCCAUUUCUCCUUCGUGAGCAUACAGAAUGGGCUACAGGUGAAGAUCGCGCUCCUCCACCUCACAAAGCUCCUCCACGCUUGCGCCCCAUGCUCGCAAAGAUCUCCAAAUCUCUAGGCACAGACAAGGUUGAGAUCGAGAGACUCAGAAUCUUUGCUCAGAUGUACAGGCUCCAAGAAAACGGCCUGCAAGAAGUCCUACGUACGCCCCAUCUGGCUCCCCGCACCAUUACGCUCACCAUUCGUCACACUGAUUGGUGGUAUUGGGAGGAGGAUGAGCCCCUGCAAUUUGAAGGAAACUGGAUCGAGGGUGUUUGUCAAGUGCUGACUCCCAGCACGACUCAAUUCUGCAUCGAGUUAGAGUCCCUCGAGCGUAAGAAGGACCAGGUCGACAAGAUUGCCAAGCAGAUGGUCGACUCAUGGUUCUUCAAACGACCCGAUGGCGUUGUUCUCUACGCCGAUACAUCAGAUGCCAACCGCAAAGUAAGUCGCUGGAGCGGUUCAAGCACUUGGCACGGUCAACGCUGGAUCCGAGAUGAAACGGAACCCCACAAACUCGAUUACUACAUCGUCACCAUCACGUUCCGCCCUCUGAUCUCAAUCGAGAGAAGCGGCGGAUCUGCGAGCGAGAAAGCAAUCAAGGAAGCACAGGAUCCUCAAGCCCCGGAGCGUCCCAGGCUCUCACUUCCAGACAAUGAAAAGAGAAUAGAAACUGAGAACCCUUGUGAAUUGGUUAGUGAUUCAGAUGACGAUGAUGGUUACGAUGGAUUGCCGCAGCCAGAGUCGGACAACGAUGAGUGGUAUGCGGAAAUGGAGGAGAUCUAUGGCAAUGGUCGAUUCAUGCAAGGGCUUUUUGAUGACGCCUCUGCAUACCCGCCCUACGCGAUCCUCUCUCAUUGCUGGUAUUCAUCGGAACAGGAGCUGACCUUCAAAGACUUUGAAGAUCUAAGUCAGCACACUUCAAAACCCGGAUAUUCCAAGAUCGUCAGCGCCUGUCAUGCCGCCAUUACUCAGGGCUACCACUGGCUCUGGGCAGACAAUGUCUGCAUCAAUGAGGAAGACGCGGUUGAGAAGGAGGAGACCAUGAAAAAGAUUUACUCAAUGUUUCUAAAAGCAGGAGUUUGUCUGCUUUAUCUAAGCGAGAUACCCAAUGCCAAUAUCAAGGAUGAUGAUAAAGAAAUAUUAUCUUCAGAUAUUCGAAAGAGUCGGUGGGUGAGUCGAGCAUGGACUUACAAAGAAUUGAUUCCACCAGACAAGUCGGUAUUUUAUGCCGCUGAUUGGUCUCGACUGGACCCAGAGCUUCAGGCCGAAAUCAAUACCAAUAUACUUGGAGUCAACCAAAACGAUAGAUCAAAGGAAGAAAGAAAGCAUUUACGGUUUUUAUCAGAAGGGCCGACAGGGGCUGUGCGACUGAGCUCGCUCCCAUCCUUCAGAUCUACUCAAAACGUCGAUGAGGAGGACCCCUCAGUCUUUGAAGACCAUUACGAACCUCCCCACAGCCCCUACAGACAGAAACUUAAGGAGGCAUUCUUCAGAUUUGGCAAUAUGAUUGGUAGCCCAGCGCAAGACUUUACCGAGCCGAAAGUCAAACAAGCAGAUCAUGUUGAUCUACCAAUGAUACCAGGGGAGGAGUUCCGGAAUCUAGAUCUCUCAGCAGUUGAAAUUGAGAGAGACCAAGAGGAGCCGGCAACUCUCUUCAGCUCAGGUCGUAGUUUGCUCAUCAACCAAAGAUCCCCUGACAUGUCGGAAUCAACAAACUCAUUCGCAAACAGAGGGGGUUUGUCUGGUGCUGAUGACGUAAAGAGAGGUCACAGUAAUCCGCAAGCAAAUAGUCAAAGCGGUAUCCGUAUUCUGAUUCUUGACAACGACCAUGCCGUGGGAAAUACACUAUCGCGGCUGCUAAAGGGUCUUAUUCCGGCUCAAGUCACUGUUGACAGUGGCUACGUAGUCAACUUAAAGGGAUCCGGUUAUGACAUUGUUUUCGCUCGUGGGGAGGGAAGUCCUUUGCUCUACAUGCCUCCGAAUUACAGUCACCGAGGGGCCGUUCGAAUACUAAAGAAACGCCUCACGACGCCGCUUCCACCCCCUUUUGUUCCAGCAACUGUAUCAUUCGAGAUAUAUGGAGAAUACCAGGUCAUCUGCGAGUCACAGAAGCAGGGGGACCUCACGGAUCUUACAUCAGAAGUACUUAGAGUUGAGAAGGUCUACGAGAAUAACAUCGCGCUGAUGUUUGGCGUCGCAAUUUCCGAUGGCUCCGUCCAUUGGCCACAAAUGUCGUCCUUGAAUCUCGCUUCGCACAACUCCCUCGGGGAGACUGUGGUGCAGGAUCCGCUAUUUGGUCGUCAGACUAUUGAUCUUGAAACUUCGAGUCUCUUUGAUGGUCAGCGGGACAUGGACCAGCUCCCAAAUGCCGACCUCCGUCCGAUAAAGGAAGGGGGGCCAGCGAACAGCUACCCUCUCGAACCAGGCCCUAUCCAGAGUCAGGGGACGCGUCCGUCAACCGUUCCCACUUCUCUACCGCCCAAGCCCCAAAGCCCAAAGACAACAGAAUGCCAAGCGGAAGAAGAGGAGAGCCUAUCAUCCAGUCAUCACAGAGAAGGACAGAACCAGUGGUCUCCUGGCAAGUCUGAAAAUAAUCGCGCUGAAUGCGAUACAGCUACAACGUAUUCUUUUGAUACGCUCUCUGAUGACCCUAAAUUUGUAUACUUUCAGGCCUUCAUAGAUCAGCUCGCUGAUGAUGUGAGAGCAGCUGCCGAUGGAGCAAUUCUCCAAAACCUUGGGCAAGGGUUUCUCGACCAAACGCUCCGAGAUUUUGCGUGGAAGCUGCAUGAAGAGUCCACAAACCCAUUUCAACUUGAGACUUCUGUCAUAAUCCACAGAAGGAGAAGGAAUAUUAUUGACCUCCUCGACUUCCAAGUUCCCGCGCUGGAAGAAGCCGAGAGCGUGUCUGGCCAGAGUCUCGGGGACUCGCAGGCAGACGAUGGAGAAGAAGCUUCCACAAUCCAUUUCAAAAAGGCCGAAGAGAUGAUCGCUGACUGGAUAGAUGACGUCAAAUCUGGAGAACCGAACGAUCUUUCACAAAUGCCCCAGUAUAGACAGUUCAUCCAAGGAUCCGAGGCUUACCAAUGGCUUUUGACAAAGAUUAGCCAGCAAAGUCGGCUAUCUUGCGAAAAGCCUAGUCUGAUGGAUGAAAUCGGCAACAAGAUCAGAAGUAACUUGAGGGAAACCAUUCCGCACCACAAAAUGAGCAGAAAGAAAGAAUCCAUCGGGUUCGGAAUGACAUACUUUCUGGCAUUGGAUGUUAUUGGAAUGAUGAAACGCUCUGGGAUUUCCUCCUCCUUUGGCAAAGCCUUACCCAACAUCCUUUGCUUCACCGGCAAAUGGGAUGAAGCGCAAGCUACAAGUGUUGCAGAAUAUAUGGACCAAACAUGGCCGCAUUCUGAAGGUGCCAUUAUUUCCCUGUUACAAGACCUACUAUCAGACCAAGAAAAGUUUUUUAGUCGACUUAAACCUAUGCCUCUAAAAACUCUUCGAUCUGGUACUUGGACAGAGCCUUCUUGGCCUGAAACUCCCCGUGGGAAUUAUUCGACUCAUUGUAUUCUAACGGGUACCAUGAAAGAAGGCCGGGACACAAUUGUCCGAUACGAAAUCUCAGCCAAGGGGGGCUACUAUGCUGUUUCUGAGUGCUCCUUUUCUUUCUCCGCUCGCCCCGAAACCGCUUUUAAGCCGAACCAAGGCUUCUGCUGGGAACAGUUAUUUAGCUCUGUGAACAUUAUACGUGGCUACCCAAUACUACGACGUUCAGUGCCGAAGUCUGGCCUCGAGGUGUCUUUGCGAUAUGCAGCGUCUAUAGUGGGAUCUUCCGAGGUUGUGCAGUGGGACCAGAGACUAGUGAUAAAAGGUUUCAAUAUGCUGAUGGCCGCUACCCAAGCAACUGUUGAUGUCGUGGUAUGGCAUCUCAUCGUCAGUGGGAAGCCUAAGGAGAGAAUCUCAUACAUCGACCAGAGGCUCGAUCAUAUUGAUAUCAGACCUUCUGACGAAAUGUCCCUUCGGCAUAUUGAAGGCAAACGUCACAUUAUUGGGUGGUGUACCAAAGCGACAGACUACUGUGGACAUCCUACUGCUAAUCACGACAUCAAGCCCGGCGGUCUGCCGAAGGCAUCACCGUCCAUUAUUAUAGACAAGCUAUACAUAGAAGGCGGAAGUCCUGUUACAGCUGGUCUCAUGAUCGACAUCAACAAAAAGGCGCAGCCCUUUUGGCUCCAAAGAGAAAUGGGCUACCCGAGUCUUCUUAAUUGGGUAAAACUUCAACCCAUUGUGUUCUACGAUGUUGAAGAACGUCGAGCAUGGCUUGUCGACGGUGCUUCUGCCCUGCUCCAUCUCGUCCGCAUUUCACUUCACCUGGAUAUCAAUGACCCUGAAUCAGCCUAUGACUGGGUAUAUGAUCCCAUCAAGCUCAAAGACCAUUGGCCAGGUGUUGGAAGUCGUCAAGCAGCACUUCAGACUUUAAAGAACUGGGAAAACAGGGCAUUAAAUGUUUACAUUGUUGACAAGCACAUGGAUUCGAAUGGUACACCAGUUACUAAGUAUUCGACCUUCGAAGAGCGGGUAAAGAGGAUACUUCACUCGAUAGAGAAGUUGAUCGAUCGGCAAGCCCAGGCGGCAUCUCAAGAUGGUAUCAAGAUCUCUCAAACCUUGGACCCACGUCGGGAUGUUUUUGGUUUCGACAUCGCGGAUGUCAUUAAUCCGGCAGUUCCUAUUUACCCGCGUAUUCAGCAUCUAAAUUCAUGGGGACACGGAUGGAUCGACUUAAUACCGACUAUUGGCAUAACUGCCCUCUUUGGGCGGGGAUUUGGAGAUCUUAUACGAGCUGACGAACCUGACUUGAUCUGCCCAAGCUGGAGAUCGGUUCCAGCAGGAAAAGACUAUCUUGCUGCUUCAAUAUCAACAAUGCAGAUGCUCCAUGAGAAACGUCUCCUUAGGAUGGAGCCGGGCCUUACUGGAGGCGAACUGACCAAGAAGAUUACUUGGGUAGCUGCCAAAGAAGCAUCUCUGUAUUGCAAGUGCUUCAAGGGGCAAGGUGGUAGUGUUGUCCAAACUGCUGGGUCAGAGUGCAAUCACAACCCUGUCCAGUUCCUUGCCAAGAAAUGGUGGUCCCGUACUAUACCGCACGGCUUGAAGCCUGUGCAAUUAGGAUCUCUUGAUGCUGAAGGGGCUGUGAUAUUUGGCCACACUGUUCUAGGACUAAGAACUGGAGACAGAUCGACGUCGAGACAUGCAGAUGAUGAUGGCGAGGCCUCGAUGACAAGCGGCGAACAGGCCCAAGAUGCUUCAGCAACUGGCUCAAUCGUGAGUCAGACUACAUCCAUUACUAUCCCUAGUGUCGGCCAUUCCAGCCAUGACGCGGGGAGUGCUCAGGAGAGUUUGGAUGGUACAAGUAACGCGACAGGCGAGGGUAAGAAGAAGAGAUGGUCAAAGUUCAAGAACUGGGUCAAAAGAUGA